GCGUUAGACUAAAGAAGGUUAAGUUCGAGUUUGCUGCGCUGUAAAAAUUAAUUUUAACUGAAAUUAAUGCAUUGAGCGCAUACAAUGUUUGUGCUUUAUGAAACGCCGGCGGGCUACGCCAUUUUCAAGUUGCUCGACGAAAAGAAACUGGAACAAGUCGAUAAUUUGUACUUGGAGUUUGAGACACCCGAAAAGGCAAAUAAGUUGCUGAAGCUUAAGCAUUUCGAGAAGUUCAAUGAUACAACAGAGGCACUUGCCGCCGCAACAGCGGCCGUGGAGGGCAAAGUGGCCAAGCCAUUAAAGAAGACGCUGAAGAAGCUGCUCGUCGACGAUGUGCAGGCAUCGCUGCUGGUGGCCGACGCCAAGUUGGGUACAGCCAUCAAGGAGAAGCUGUCGGUGCAGUGUGUGUACAACACGGGCGUGCAGGAGCUAAUGCGCUGCAUCCGUCAGCAGGCGGACAGCCUGUUGGGCGGACUGCCCAAGCGGGAGAUGACAGCGAUGGCCUUGGGUCUUGCUCAUUCCCUGUCCAGGUACAAGCUGAAGUUCUCGCCGGACAAGAUUGAUACGAUGAUUGUGCAGGCGCAAUGUCUGCUCGAUGACUUGGACAAGGAACUCAACAAUUAUAUGAUGCGGGCACGUGAAUGGUAUGGCUGGCAUUUCCCCGAGCUCGGCAAGCUGAUUACGGAUAACAUUGCGUUUGUUAAGACAAUCAAACUGGUGGGCACCAGGGACAAUAUGGCCACAACCGAUUUAUCCGACAUUCUGCCCGAAGAUGUGGAACAGCAGGUCAAGGAAGCAGCCGAGAUUUCAAUGGGCACCGAAAUCAGUGACGAAGAUGUGCUAAACAUUCAGUGUUUGUGCGAUGAGAUUACAUCAAUCAACGAUUACCGCACACAUCUCUAUGAUUACCUCAAGGCGCGCAUGAUGGCAAUGGCUCCCAAUUUAACCGUCCUGGUUGGAGACACUGUUGGCGCUCGUCUUAUUGCACAUGCCGGCUCACUGAUCAAUCUCGCCAAGCAUCCGUCAUCCACUGUCCAGAUUUUGGGCGCUGAAAAGGCGCUGUUCCGUGCAUUGAAAACGAAGAAGGAUACGCCCAAAUACGGUCUCAUCUAUCACGCCCAGCUGGUGGGUCAGGCGAGUCAAAAGAACAAGGGCAAAAUGUCACGUUCAUUGGCUGCGAAGGCGUCGCUGGCCACUCGUGUGGAUGCGUUUGGCGAGGAGGCCACCUUUGAACUGGGCGCCACACACAAAGUGAAGCUGGAGGCGAGACUGCGUCUGCUCGAGGAGGGAAAUCUGCGCAAGUUGUCGGGAACCGGCAAGGCCAAGGCCAAGUUUGAGAAAUACCAGGCCAAGAGUGAAGUGUUCACCUAUCAGCCCGAGGCGGAUAACACGUUACAUGUGAAGAAACGUAAACAUUCGGAAGUUGAAACGCCCGUCAAACAGGAGAUAAAAGAGGAACCAGAAGAAGGAGCAGAAGAAGCUGUUGCUGCUGAUGAUUCCGAAAUUAAAACUGAAAAGAAAAAGAAGAAGAAGAAGAAGCAAAAGGAUGAAGAGGCUCCUGAAUCCAACGCUGAGGUCAAAGCUGAGCCCGAAGAGGAGACGCCAGCACAGCCUCCAAAGAAAAAGAAAAAAUCAAAGCAUCAAGAAUAAUAAUAGUAGCAAGCAAAUGUUAUUGUGGAGCUUUUUAUUAUUAAUAUCGCUUAAGUUGAUAGUUUUUAGAAUUUACGCUAUAGUUUUACAACAAUAUUACAAGUCUAGUUUACACUUUUAUCUUUUGUGUACUACAUUCGAAAUAAAAAUGUAACAUGCAAGACAAA